AUGGAAUUUUCAUUCGUGAACAACUCAAGAAUCAAUGGGAUAACGUUACUCAACAGCAAAAUGGGAUACUUCAACUUCUUCUCUGUACAUCACUUCAACAUCACUGACAUCACUAUAACAGCUCCCGGCGACAGCCCAAACACCGAUGGGAUAAAGUUCGGGUUCUGUAGCAACAUUAACAUUUCCAAGACACACAUUGGUACAGGAGACGACUGUAUAGCCAUCCUUUCCGGAACCACCAACAUGGGUAUCUCUAAUUGUAAGCUCAAGGAUUGUGAGCUUAUUCCGUUUAAAAUAAGAGGAAAGAACAAAGAAGAGAAGAACGUUAAUGGUUUAACCGUAAGAGACAUAGUCUUUAACGGUACUAGCGAUGAUAUUAGGAUCAAGACUUGGGAAUCUUCAGCUUCGAAGAUUUUGGUCUCUAACUUUGUGUACGAGAAUAUUCAAAUGAUUAACGUUGGAAACCCUAUCAUCAUCGACCAGAAGUAUUGUCCUUACCCACCUUGUGAAAAGAAGGGAGAGUCACACGUUCAAAUCCAAGACCUUAAAUUAAAGAACAUAUAUGGAACAUCGACAAACAAAGUGGCGGUGAAUCUACAAUGUAGCAAGAGCUUUCCGUGCAAAAAGGUUGAGCUAAUUGACAUUAACCUGGAGCAUAAGGGAGUCGAGGCUGGUCCUUCCACUGCGGUAUGUGAGAAUGUUGACGGUUCUGCACGUGGAAAGAUGGUUCCUCAGCAUUGUCUGACCUGA